AUGGCAUCACCGGUCUCAAUCCAGGACUAUGAAGAUGCCAUCAAAGACUUAUGUGACCAUAUCAGAAAAGGCUUCGCAUUGACUGACCUCAUCGACAUACCCCAAAACAUCUGGCAGCCAUUCCGUAAGCCUGCGGUGCCAGCAUCAACCACUGCCUUGCGCCCUAUUUCCACCUUGUUUGUCGGAAAAAACCAGCAUAGGCUCUUGCACUUGUCUCCUGCAACCUUCAGUGGCGUCGCCUCGUUAGCACUGUAUGCAAAAGAUUCGGGCCCUCAUCACCGUCUCAUACACGGCUGUAUCGAUGCAGUCCGCACCUGGAAAGACAACGAUUCUGUUCUCGAGGCGUUCAAGCGCUGCAAGGUUAAGAGAAUUGAUACAAAUGACCUCGUGGGACUCAGGAAGAGUCUCAUUGAGCACCUAAUACCGUCUGUUACCAGAGCUCUCAUUGAUGAUACUAUUGGGUCGGAGACAAGGUGGCUGGCGGCUCAGUUCCUCUCGGCCGUCAUCAAUCGAGACUCGCAGGCUCAAGUCCGCUUAGCCACUCACACAGACUGUUCGAAACUCGGCACCCUCCUCCAAAGCCACAAUGAUUACGUCUUACGCUUUCUUGUGUCCGAUACCGUGCGUGAGCUCCUCUCCAACGGCAUCGAAGGCCAGAAGUGCUGGCCCAACGGCACAGCCCCAGCAAUAAUUGCCUCUUUUCCUGCAGAGACAAGCACCAGCGCUGCUUGGCUUUCUUCCGUGCAAGACUUCUUGUCUGAUAUGGAUAGAGGAACGGCUUUCAGUGGUACUCGCCCACCCGUCUUCAAGGUGACUAGAGCCCAACGCUGGAAAAAUAAUGAGCCCGAUGAGGGUGAAGAUUCUGCCAAAGACUGUCUUCUCGUGGUCACGGAUCAGAUCACUUCGAUCGUAUCUGCCAACGAUCGAGGACUCGUGAUUGCUUGUUACCCGAUCUGCACCGAAAAAAGAAUGGUGGUAUCUCUCAGGCCAGCCACAACCACUGGACCUUCGUCCUUAACGAUCGACUAUCAGGAUGAGCAGGGCUUUGAAAUAAAGUAUGGAACGAGAACCGCUCUGAGUAGCAUAAAGUUUGAGCUGUCGUCCAUGGAUUGCGCUGCUGCAAUGGCGCAGGAGCUCGAUGUCAUUCAGAAGGACGUCGAAAACUGCAAACAGAGUGGCACUCAACACCCGGAUGCAGGAUCACUCCAAAAAACCUUGCAGCAGAGGCGCUCCAUAGCGCUACUUGACCUUUGGGCACCACAAAAUGCUAUCAAUGUUGACAACGACAGACGCAUUGAUAAUCUGAACGAGAAUGGUGAUACGCAAGCCCUGACACCUCUUCAACACAAAUGUCGAGUCAUACCUGGCAAUGAUGGACUUCACCAAAUAUUGGAUGACUUUCUUGCUCCGGCUGUCUCGGAAGAUGAGCACCUAGAUUCUCCGACUAGCUUUGGGGAACGUCUACGCGCUUUUCAAGAGACCCGAUCGAACUCGAAGCUCAACAUAGCUGAUGCUGAGCCAUCUCGUGUCUUGCACUACAACGGUCUCGAAAGUCUGAAGGACGUCAACGUACCGUCAUCUAAUGUGGCCCAGACGGCUACAGGGGAACCAGACCCAAAUCAUGAGCGCCCCGAUGCUACCUCUACGACCAAGCACAAGCCGACCACAGCUGCGCGGCCGAAGCAACAACCGAUGAAAGUGGCGUCUGCUCCGAAGAAGUCCGCGGAAACUGUUUCCCAGAUCCCUCGCUUUUCAAGCAAGGUGACGUCGCCGCGCAAAACUGCUGUUCUCAACGUAAGCCCUCGACGCACUCGCCAGAGCAAGGAUACUGCUUUCCAAUCAACUGCGGGACGGAGUAAGGGCUCUGGUGAAAUUCCAGUCUUGCCGAAGCAAUCCGAAAUAGCUUUCUCGGAUGGAACGUCUCAGCCGCCUCGGCUCAAGCGGAUUGAGCCAAGAGACCGUGGCCCGAAGUCCGACGUUGACUGGGACGAAGAUAUCCGUGACUAUCACGAGAUGGACGUGCUAAACGACGAUACCGAGGCUCUGAGGAGACCCCAAACGAGACACGACAAGACUCAGACUGGAAGACCAAGCCAGAAAGCAGGUCCUAGCAAUAAUUCGCAAGCUACAUCGCAACAGCGCUUCAGAAAGCCGUCACGGCCUUCAAAACCUGCACCAGCUCCGCUCAAGAAGCCAAACACCAGGAGUGGCAACGCAAAAUCUUCCGUCGGCAAGACGUCGGCCAGCAGCAGACCACGCCGCUCCACCAAGACACAAGCGUACGAUGAGUCGGAUGAAGAUCAGAGCCAAGUCUCCGCCACUGAAGAGAAGCCGUCCAAGGUGACGUAUUCCAUGCCUUUGUCGCAGUCACAGUCACAGUCACGAUCAUCUCAAAAGUUCGGCUCUGGACACUCUUCACCCAAUAAGCAAGACCCUCAUUCACCAAUCGACAACUCCAAAGAUGAGGCAGAGGAGCCAAACGAGCUCGCUGGUGCCCUGCGCAAGCGGAGCGUUGAAGGCACUGCACAAAUGCCUAUCGAAUUCUCUGACGAUUCCCCACCUGCUAGCGGCUCAAAGCUCAAAGCUAUACCUUUGCUGAAUCGCUUUCCUGGAGAGGAAGGCAGAGAGGCAUUGGCAGAGCGAGAAUCUACAAAUGAGGGCAGUAACGAGGCCGUUGAAGAAGCUUGGGACUCUUACCCCUUAGCGAACGGCAAUCUGGACGCGACUGCCAGUUCGGCGUCGAUUGACUUCGCUUCAAACUUGUCAAGCUACGUGUUGGAUCUUCAAGGUUCCAUUGCAGACAAAGAGAACAUACCCCCCGCUCCAGGUACGCCGUUUGGAGAUCGGCAGAAAUUCGUAGUCAGUGUCAACGCCUGGAAAUCUGGAAACACAAAGAAACCUGCACAGGUUGCGAGGAGCAACGGACACGCUACGUCUCCUGCUAACAGCUCACGCAUUCAAGGAGAGCGCCAGUGUAGCAUGCCUGCGCAAAUGGCUCAACAGUUGCCAACAGCAUCACACGCGGACAAAGCCCACGCACAAGGCGCCCAAAGUGCGGGCACAGGCGUUGUAGGUGCUGCUAUCUCGUCAAGCACAAGCCACAGGACUCAUAAUAAUCAUGGCCCAAACACAGUAAACGACGUGCGAAAGGCAGACCAUCGCGUGACAGAGGCGCCUUGUAAAGUCGACUCUGAUGAAGUCGCCGAUCAAAUGGAACAGGAGCAUGCCUCGGGCAUCACCGAGCGCAGGGUUGAGGCUCGGAACCACAUUCCAAAGCAUGCCAACGGUAUUACAAAGGCCAGCAUGUACGAGCCGCCUAGGUUGCUGACUACGUCCGUAGUGGGCGCCGUUCUAAACAAGUCCGUGGACCAAAUGGGCGAAGUGACGGGGAAGAGAACGGAUGUAGAGUCCACUGAGGCCGGAGGUACACCAUUACUUCCGUUGAAAGCUCACAGAAAGUCCACCUUGUCACGAACAGAAGCAGAAGCUUCGGCGCGAACCCCUGUGAUCCAUUUCGCUAGAAGCGGUCCUACCAAUCAAGGCCGGAGGUCGGGAGAUUCUUUCAGAAAUGCCCAUACAAAAACCCCGACUGCUCCACAGCUAGAAGUGGAGUAUUACGGCCUCAAGAGCUACACUGGACGAGAGCUCAUCCCAGCUGAUGAGACGCCGAAUCGUGAUGCUGGUCUAGGCCGCAGCGAGCCCCUGGAUAUCGAGACCGACAGCGGCUUCAUCGACAAGGAGGACCAGGUAGAUCUGUAUGAGGAACAUGGAACAGUUAAUCCCACUGUGCCAUAUGACGGCGGUGCUGCACCUCAUACUUGUAACGUGGACGAGAGCGAGAUUGAGGAUCAGUCGUACGGGCGUUUCCCGCUUGCGACACCAGACACCGCUCAAGUCUCAGCACUCGACGCAGAAAAGCGCAGCAAGGACGAUGCUGCAGAACUCCCGUCCGGGCCUGCGGUGAGUUCGCCUCCAAGCGACAGCCAGAGUCACAGCUCAGAGCCGAGCGACGGCGAAGCUUCGGCGUAUCAGGGCUCUGAAGUAUCCGGGUCCUGUUCUGCCGUCAGCAGAAAAGCUCAGCAUGGAGAGCAAGAGUACGAUGCAAUUAGCAAGCGUCAAAAGCCGUCCCUGGAGGACCACACUGGUCUUCCGCUCGAAGCUGACUACGCUCCACCAGUCAUUAAAGACGCGGGUCGCACAUCCAUUGGCAUUUCCAAUCUUGUGCAGCGUUCCUUCCCCAAAGCAGAGGGUAGUAUCACGACUGUCGCUUUCCGAAAGCAGUCGGGCAGGAGUCAGCAGUCUGUGAACAAGAUUCCUGCGACCAGUGUUGUCAACGCUUUCCGGCCGCCCAAGGGCAAACUGGAACCGACUUCUGAGCCACGCUCGAGAGUAGUAGUCAAAGCAAUGGAAGCUGGGCUUCCUGUCGACACUGGAGCUCCUGCUCCAUCUCAGAAAGCUAUGCCGCCUCCCCCCAAAAGAAGACUAGGCCCCUACCAGAGAAUAGAGUCCACAAAGCUGGAAACCAGGCCGCUAGCUUCAACCCGCGCUGAACGAGCAUUCCCUUCUCGGACAGAGCCAAUCCCAAAGGCGGUGCCGAGGCAUCCGCCGGCUCCCAUCCGGGUGAAAGUCAAGGAGACUGACGACGGGUUGGCCCAGGGCAGACCGUAUGCACCCAUCUCAACUCCCAUAGCGUUUCGGUCCCAACUUGAGGAAGAUGCCGUACGCAUGGAGGAGGAUAUGGCUCGUCGUGGGACUUCGACUCACGCGGAUGACUCUCUGAACGAACGCACAUUGGUUAAUGACGAUUCUUGUCAGGCCGGAGUCUUCUUAGGCGGCAGAGGCUCUUUCUUCCGAUCACGCCACGAGCCAGAUGAUUCCACUAACGACCAGGUUUCUAUAACGGGUCACGAGGAAGUGUCAGGCUAUGAAGAAGAGCAAGAUGUUUGGACGGACGGAGUAAGGAUCACACACAAGGGCUUGUUUGAUACUAUCAUGCAUAUCACAAGGAACGUUCUGUUCCGACUAGGCACCGAGGAGGAUGCGGUUAGGUCCAAGCAGAGCGAUCUUGAACGUGGAGGCGAGCUUAUGAUCGAAGAGCUGGGAAAGAACUGGGAAAAGAGAAUUGAGCAUGAGCAAGCUCGCCUUAUCGAAAACCUACGCUACGAACACGCCCGACUCGCGAGCGUCUGCCCGAAGAUCCAGAAUCCGUUCACUAGUGGAAGGCAAGAGAGGUUGCUCGAUAGAGACACGAUUCGAGGAAUGCAGGGCGGGCUCAAUCAGAACAUUGAGGCAACUGAGCAGAUGGCGGUCGACCUGGCGAAGGCGAUGGGAAUGCCUCUCGAUGAUGCCCUUAUGAAGGCCGAGAAGCUGCCCUGA